AUGUGUGUCUCUUUUUCUUCCUUCUUCUUUUUCCUUUUUAUUUUUCUCACUCUAUCCAUUAGACCUGUGAUUUCAAGUGACGAGAACAACAAGAAGAGUGACGCUAAUGAUAACGAGGAUGAUAAACCUGUGUUAACUAAUCCCGCUGCUUCUGGUGGUGGUCGAGUAGGUCUGAAGUUAUUGCAAGAUAUGCAUAACGCCCCCUCUAGUUCUUCUUCUUCUUCUAUUCCAAUGUCUACUGUUGUGGAGCCACAGAAGUUGCGUGUAGUGGAGGAUGACACUCCUCUCUCUUUUUGGGUGGUUUCAUGGCAACUUCUGCAGAGACCAUCUUGA